GCCGGCCGCGUCGCCGCUAUUGGGCCCCGGCUGUCACGCAGGCCCCGGCGCGAGACGCAAUGUUGUCAGUGCUCGUCGCCAGGACGUGCUGGCACGUGUGCGCGGAGCCCCAGGCGGAAUCGAUCGCGGUGCGUUGGUCGCGUGGCCCGGGACCUCAUGACGCGCGCGUUUACGUCACGGACCCGAAUCGAUGCGUGACGUCGCAGCGCGUCUUAUGUCUGCUUGCGCUUCCCCAUUCAGGGCUGGAGAGACGUCACCGAACGCGGCGCUCGGGAUUGGAGCCGUGACGUCACGACCCAUGGUUGCGUCACGACCGCUCCCUUUCGGCUCACGGCCGCUAUAAAAGCUCGCCGGCGGCCGGUGCGCCCGGAUUUUGACGCAAGUUAGCCGACCUCUCAGACGCAUUCAUGCAGGCAGCCUCGCCUUCGCUCAACGGGACAGCUCGCGAGAGGGGCCCUUUUACAGCAUACGUCGGCACCGGCCAUCACUAACAGGCCUCCGGAUACCAGCCAUACCAUCGUACAAGCUCGUCGAGCACGGAGCACCCUGCAACACUGACCAGCAACCAGAUCAUGGAGCAAUGUGGUUCGUAUAUCCGGAUUUUCUGACAUGUGUGGCCGACAGCCCUCGCGGUGUCUGAGCCGGAAGACCAGCCCAGCCCGAGUGCAGCUGCAAGCUCAGCGGGAUCGGAACCCAGCACGGAGCUCGAGUCUGCCUCCCAGGCUCUGGCGACAAUUGGGGCUGCACCGUCAGAAACCAUGCUGCUCCUUGAAUCACCGCAGAGCGCGGCGUUAACUUCCACGAGCAGCCUCUUACACGCCGACUACCUCUCAUCCUCGUUCACAGCCGAGGAGUCGUUAUCGCUGAGCGAGGAGCUCAAGCUCCCCGGUCUCGAUUUAGUGGGAGCGCAGGUUCCUUCUGAAGUAUUCGGCAGCACCGUGAGAGAAGUCUCCUCUUACCAGGAGAUGUUCCAGUCCGGCUUCCCGGUGGUCAGCAGUCCUCCCCUCACCGAGCAGCCGACGCCUCUGACUCCCUUGAGCAUUUCACCCGCAAACCCAUCCGCCCUGCCCAGCUUCGAGGAAACGUACUCGCCCAGGUACAGGCGGGACAUCACACACUCCGGCGUGUUUUCCUUCAAGUUCGAGGAGCUGCGCUCGGACACCGAGCUGCCGGCCGAGGCCGGCAGCCCUGAGGCCUACCAGGUGUCCGUGGGCGGCUUCUCUCCUAAGCCUCACCCGUCGACCAGCUACCGGCCGCCGUUCACGCCGCCACCUCCACCACCGCAGCCGAUGGCCGGUACAUCCCAGGAGUUCUACAAGACCGAGCCGCCGUCGUACCAGACCUCCAGCUGCUACGUGCAGUAUCAGGCGGAACAGGAGCAUGCCAAAGCCGGCUUCUCGGGCUAUCUUCAUCCGUCGCCACCGGUAUUCCAGAAGGGGCUCGUGUUCCCGGGACCUUCGGAAAGCUCCAGCUUCAGCCUCGUGUCGGCAGGGUCUUCGUCCUCCCUCGCGUCAUUCCCGGGCGACCUGACACCGCCACUGCCCAGCCCUGGGGGCACGUGGGCGCAAGCCCGAAAACCGGCCGUUCUCAAGGCCGCUGUUGCCAGCGACCCAGGUGGACGGUUGGCCCCGCCAUCGGCCCCCGGAACUCCGCCGGCGUCGGGAUCGAGCACGGCCUCGUCGCCACCGCCCGCCACCCCGUCCUACCAGUUGUGUGCCGUGUGCGGCGACAACGCCGCCUGCCAGCACUACGGGGUCAGGACCUGCGAGGGUUGCAAGGGAUUCUUCAAGAGGACAGUUCAGAAAGGAGCCAAAUACGUGUGCCUUGCUAAUAGAGACUGUCCAGUCGACAAGAGGAGAAGAAACCGCUGCCAGUUCUGCAGGUUCCAGAAAUGUCUCGCUGUUGGAAUGGUCAAAGAAGUUGUGCGGACGGACAGCCUUAAGGGACGGCGAGGCAGAUUGCCUUCGAAGCCCAAGAGUCCCCAGGAGUCCCCACCGUCGCCGCCGGUCAGCCUCAUAACGGCACUUGUCAGGGCCCACGUGGACACCUCUCCAGAUCUCGCCAACAGAGAUUACUCGUUGUGUCAGGAGAUGCCAGUCGAUGAAAGCCGCAGGACCGCAGCCGAAGUUCAGCAGUUCUACAACUUGUUGACCUCGUCCGUGGACGUCAUAAAAACGUUCUCCGAGAAGAUUCCGGGAUUCAAUGAACUGGAGAAAAGCGACCAGGAGCUCCUGUUCCAAUCAGCUAGCCUCGAGCUGUUUGCGCUUCGACUGGCAUACAGGAUCCGGCAGGAAGAUGACGAGUUCACUUUCUGUAAUGGCGUCGUCCUCCACCGAACUCAGUGCGAGAGGAUCUUCGGGGAAUGGCUGGCUGCCAUCUUCGAGUUCUCGAGAAGCCUGCACGCCAUGCAAAUAGACAUCUCUGCAUUCGCUUGCCUCGCAGCGCUGACGCUCGUGACAGAGCGACACGGCCUCAAGGACGGCGCCAAGGUGGAGCGGCUCCAGAUGAAAAUCAUUGGAUCUCUGAGGGACCACGUGACGUACAACAGCGAGGCCCAAAAGAAGCCACACUACUUCUCGCGGCUGCUGGCCAAGCUGCCGGACUUGCGCAGCCUGAGCGUCCAGGGCCUGCAGCGCAUCUUCUACUUGAAGCUCGAAGACCUGGUGCCCGCGCCGACGGUCAUCGAGAACAUGUUCGUCUCCAGCCUGCCGUUCUGAAGGCCCGAACAUUCGCCCUCCCCCCGCACAUCGGAUCAUCCCCUCCUGUUUUGUCCCGCGUGGUUGUUGUCAAUCUGCCUUCGGUACCCGGCCGGGGCCGUCUCACAAUAAUGAUUGUGAUAGCAGUCGCGUCGUCCGUUUUCUCGUGUGUCUUGUCAAGGAGUUUCUUUGUGACCCCACCCUCCUCACUUGCGCGCCCUUCCGGCGUUUCGUUUGUGUGUUCGUGUCCUGCACCCGGGGACUAGUCUGGCGACUACGAGCGCCGCGUUCUGUAAACGUGGCCCGCACGCCAUAGUCCUGUCACUCGCGCACUCUCACCGUGGUAUGGCAUUUGUUUGCAUCGCACCCGUGAACAUUUUUAGGACUUGUGUAUCCCCCUUUGUAUGUGGCUCACUAUCACCUCUCAUGCGCUAUUUAUUUGCGUACACCCCGCGUCACCCGACGAAGAGAGGCCCGUUCGGGCCCUCCAUACUUACGAGUCCCCAUGCUCCGCUAGAGCGGUGUCUUGCCGCGCUACCGUUAGUCUCUUCGGCAGAGCCCAUUCUAGUCAGCCAGCUCGCCCUCUGUUUCGUUCGCAUUGCGAGUCAGCGUAUUCCGAGAUUCUGUGCACGUUGAACGCCCUUUCUUUUUGGAAUAUAUAUUCAUAUGCAUUAUAUACACGCCCUACAUGAUAUACUGGUUCCCAAAGCGCACGUGUUGGAAAAAUGUUUCUCGAGUCUAUUUUACUGUGGAUCUAGUCAAAUGUUAUGUGUGUCGCCCAUUACGCGGAAGCGUGUUCCGUGUACCCUACCCUUAUUUGCUCGAUGUGCUGUAUUCGCUUUCUUUUUUAUCUUGUGGUGUCCUGCCUAUUAAAAAUAUCGGUGAGCACUUGUUGUUAACUGGUCUCGCAGACCCACUGGAAAGGAAGAAAAAGGCAGAAAGAGAGAGAUGGGUACUCGCUCUUGACAAGUCAUGUACAAAGAGAAGAGCCUGCCUUUCGUAUUUUUCUGUACAGCAGACACGGCGACACGAUACACACACGAGACCCCUCACUGCCUUUCCAGCAACAUUCCCCGCUACUUCGUGGCUAGACCAACUUAGUUACUGCGCUCUCGUGGAUGGCGCCCGGAGAGUAUCGAAACAUUCCACAAGCAGUUUGCUUACUGUGUGCACCCUUCAUUUUGAUUUCUGUCACGCUGUCUCUUCGCAAACCUCCAAUCGGCUCUUACGAUGUCGGCUUAUUUACUCGUCUAAGUUCAUUUCGUUAAGCUUGAGAUAUAUAUAUGCAUAUAUAUACACAUAUAAAUAAUAUACCAACGCGUGUACAUAAGAUACAUACAUCAGAACCACCAGACAAACAGACACGUGCUUUUAGCACCGGCAAUGUUAAAGUCAAGGUUGCUCUAGUCUUUAGACAGUUUUAUUUUUAUCUGUCGACGUUUUUCACUUAGAUCGUUGUUGAAGAGUGCGGCUGUUUCGGUGUCUAGGGAACCAAUAUAUGUCGAUAGUACAAAAAGGAGCUGCGCGCGGAAUUCCCGAGGCGAGUACCCAAGACAGGUCCAGCGUCGUUCGUGUGCGUCCAGCUGCUUCCCGGUGCUCGCCUUUCUAAGCGCCGAGGCGGCUGCGCGCGCGUGGCGCUCAGCGGCCGUAAAUCUACGCCUUGCCCCCGCCGUGCUUAUCCUUACAGACACCAAGUCCGCCAGCGCCUGUCGUAUCGCGACAAUUGGCACGCGCACUCGAUGUCUGAAUAGGAAUGGCAACGGUACAGCGGUAACGGUAUCAGCAACCCCAGUCCUGUCCGUGCACCUCCUUGCUGGUGCGGUCCUGCGAGCCUGCCAACAGCGAACUCCGCCUCGCCUCUGCGAGCCGCUCUCACUGCAAGUCGCACCCGCCGGGCACGCUGCCGACAGUGCACGCCCAGGGCCCUAUAGCGUGAGGAAUAUGUGAUGGGGCUCGUUCCCUUCGGCCCACGGAGAAAGUGACUCGCAUAUGGCGUGCAGCCGAGCUGACGUUUCGGGCGACGGACCGGAGGUUCGUCCUCGGUGGUGUUCGCGUUGGUGAGGCUCCCGGGACAGCGCCGGCGACCCCCAACACCCGACCAAACCUGCGUGACGUGCGGUUCCGCCGUCGCCCGCCACCACCGUACGUUCGAGUCGUUGUCCGUUCUGUUGCCGUUCUUUAGGGAGGGCUUCUGCCGGAGUACUCGUUUCCGUCACCAUACCAGAAAUACUGUGCUGACCAGAAGUCUGUAACACGGUUCACGGUUCUCUUUGUGCUUUCAACCGCCCUUUUUAUGUUAUUGUUGUUGUUUUUCUUGAAAGACGUGAGUGAAAUACAGAAUUUGUUGCUGUUGUGA